AUGGAAGAACUAGAUGGUGGAUUUUUUGCUAUUCUUGCUGAUGAAUCUGCCGAUGUUUCCGAUAAGGAACAAAUGGCACUUUGUUUAAGAUUUGUUAAUAAAAAGGGGGAAGUGUGUGAGCGUUUUCUUGGUACUGUGCAUGUUCUUGAUACUAGUUCUUUGACUCUCAAAGCUGCUAUUGAGUCAUUACUCAUGGAACACUCUUUAACUUUCUCUCAAGUUCGAGGUCAGGGUUAUGAUGGGGCAAGUAAUAUGCAAGGUUCAAUUGAUGGCCUUAAAACUCUUAUUUUGAAUGAAUGUUCUCAAGCAUACUUUGUUCAUUGCUUUGCUCAUCAACUUCAAUUGACACAAGUUGCUCUUGCUAAAAAAAACUCAGAUUGUGGUUGGCUUUUUGUUGAUGUACUUGCACCUCUCUUGAACUUUGUAGGAGAAGUAUUUGAUACACUUGAUUUGAAUAAAGCACAAUCUAUUACACACUUGUUGAUGUCAUUUGAUAUUGUGUUUGUGGCACACUUGAUGGUUGAUAUAUUUGGAAUUACAAAUGCGUUGAAUGUGGCAUUGCAAAAACAUGAUCAAGAUAUUGUAAAUGCAAUGGUCAUGGUUGAUGUAACCAAGACUAAUUUACAAAAGUUGAGAGAUGAAGGAUGGAUUCCACAUAUAGAAAAAUUCACUUCUUUUAUGGCUAAAAUAUGA